CAUACCUUCUCUUCAGUACACAAUCGCAUACAGCAUACUUUGAACCUGGAAGACUGAGUCCUGGGUUAGUCUCGAAGACGGGGAGGGAUAUAUCUUCCUCCGAGUCGGCUCCGUGCUGGCCCCUCAACACAAUCGUACAGCUUAGCUCGCUCUGCAAUUCAACCGACCUCAGAUCGUCUUGCUAGUCAGUCGUGCUAGCUGUGGUUGAGUAGCGCGGAGACAUCAUGGAGAGUGUGCUCGAGAGAGAUCUGGAUCCGGAGGAGAUGGAAGAAGAGGAAGAUGUGUUCGAUUCAUCCUCUGAGGGAUCGUCGACUCAAACCUCGACGCUGACCUGGAUUAAUUGGUUCACCUCGCUUCCCGGGCAUGACUACUUUUGCGAUGUCCACGAAGAUUUCAUAGAAGACGACUUCAACUUGACUGGCCUCCAAGCGAUGGUUCCAUUCUGGAAGGAGGCGCUGGAGAUGGUUCUAGAUGUCGAGCCAGAGGAGGACUCGAACAAGAUACCCGACAUGUCGAUUGUAGAAUCUUCUGCCGAGCUGCUGUACGGAUUGGUCCACCAACGUUUCAUACUGACCAAAGCGGGUCUGACAUCCAUGGUCGAGAAGUAUGAACUGGGUCACUUUGGCAGCUGUCCUCGGGUCUACUGUCACUGGACACAUGUCCUGCCUGUCGGACGAGCCGAUAUGCCAGGAAUAGAUACGGUCAAGCUGUUCUGCCCAAAUUGCGGAGAUAUCUAUUCGCCUCCAAGUAGCAAGUACGCCAAUGUGGAUGGCGCCUUUUUUGGCACGACCUUUGGACCACUCUUCUUCCAGACAUAUCCUGAACUUCUUCCUGCUCCUUUCGCCCCACCUGCCAAUACUUCUUCCCGUCCACAAUCUUCAGCCUCUUCACCUGAAGAUCAACCGCCGGAAGGUACUUUGACAAAUCCGAACCCUCAUGGAGGUACCAAAGUCCCCCUUGUCCAGAUCUACCAACCGAGGAUAUAUGGAUUCAAAGUGUCGGAGAGAGCACGAUCUGGACCACGGAUGCAGUGGUUAAGGGAUCGACCAAGCAGCGCUUCGGAGUUGGAUCAAGUGGACAACGAUGGACGUUGGAAGUCUGGAUCGAUCCCAUCUAGUAUAAGGGAGCAGCAGGGAGAUUUCAUGGAUCAGGAUAGACCGUCGGAAAAAAGAACAGGAGUAUUGUUUGACGACGAGGAUGAUGAAGACGAUGACGAAGAAGAGGAGGAGGAAGAAGAGGAGGAGGGAGCAGGCGGAAAGACCCAGGACAGAAGCCAUGGCCUAGGACUGGCAACUGGACAUUCGUCAUCAAAUCAAAGGGUCCGAGAUCCGAUACCCAACAAAAAUCCGCCUCAGCGGUAGUGGUGUGUUGCUAGCCACGGAGGCAGCAAAUCGUUUCCUUGUUCUAGACCCAUGAUUCUGUAGAAGUAUUGUACAUCAGUCUCCAGCUGAGGGCAGACGACCCGAGAUCACAAUGGCAUUGAUAGGAGCCAAAAUGGUCAGCAAAUCAGAGCAUAGAGA